AUGAGAGAAAUGCUCUUGUGUAAACUGACUCAGAUACAAAUGUCCCUAUAUAAUAACGUCCUUUGUCGGGGGCUCUCCAUCGGGACGCGCACACCUUUUGCCAAUUGGACACAUGCGUUCCCCGUGCAGUCGUUGACCACGAAGUCUUUGUCGGUUGGCGAAGUCGCCGGUAUCGACCUGUCCCAUAGGAUGUGGCUCACGCCUCGGAUUCCCAAGCACAUCAUCUUCGUCUUCGGCGGAUGGACUGACGGCGCCACCAACAGGAUGAUCACGUACAACUAUCGAGCCACCAGGUGGCGCUCCAUGGGCAACCAGUACACCUCGCCCAGGUCGUACCACGGCGUGGCGGUGAUCAACCAGUGCAUUUACGUCGUGGGCGGCUUCAACGGUCGCGAGUGUUUCCACUCCGUCGUGUGCUUCGAGGUCCCCUUGGCAAGAUGGAGCGCCAAGGCAAACAUGGCGUACCCGCGCUGCUACGUCAGCGUGGUUUAUCUCGAGGGGCACAUCUACGCCAUGGGAGGCUACGACGGUAACUCUCGUAUCAAAACGGCGGAGCGCUACAACGUGAAGAAGAAUAACUGGACCGAGAUUGCCAGCAUGAAUGAAUACCGCAGCGACGCGAGCGCCGCGGUGGCUCGCGGGCGCAUCUACAUCGCUGGCGGCUACACAGGUUUCUCAGUCCUGGAUACUGUGGAGUUUUACGAUCCGUCCACCGACGUCUGGACCCACAUGCAGUCCAUGCCCUGGCGACGCAGUGGUCACAAGUUGUUAGCCUACGGGGACAUGAUCUACAUCAUUGGCGGCAGCAACGGCGUCGCUCGCGUCUCCACCCUGCAGCAGCUUGACGUACAAAAACAUAGAUACUCCGAGCUACCCAGCAUGCCUCACGCCAAAAGCAACUUCGCCGCAGCCAUACUGGAAGGCUGUAUCUACAUCAUCGGUGGCUUCAAUGGUACGACGACUGUGUCACUCGUCGAGAAGUACGACAUCGCGCCCGUAAGUGGUACACGGUGCCUGAGAUGGGCAACAGAAUCAGCGCAUGUGCUGCGGCAAGUCGUUGAGGAUGUCGCCAACCCCG